CACCCCUACCACACCACACCAUGUCCGCCGCCGUCGAGAACACCACGCCCGCCGUCGACGCACCCGUCGAGACGCCCGUCGUCGCCGAGACUCCGGCUCCGGCCGAGGUCCCUGCCGCCGUCGAGGAGGCUCCGGCUCCGGCCGAGGCGCCCGCCGCCGUCGAGGAGGCUCCGGCUCCGGCCGAGGCGCCUGCCGUCGCUGAGGAGACUCCCGCUGCUGCCGCUACUGAGCCGGUCGCUGCCGCCGAGCCCACCGAGGCUGCCGCCGCUACGGAGGAGGCUGCCCCUGCCACGCCCAAGAAGGAGAAGCGCCAGUCGCUCGUCAACAAGCUGUUCGGCAGCUUCCUCGGCAAGAAGGAGAAGAGCCCCAAGAAGGAGCAGCCCGAGGCUCAGGCGACGCCCGCCGUCACCGAGGAGGCUGCGCCCGCUGAGGCUGCCCCGGUCGAGGAGGCCGCGCCCGUCGCCGUCAGCGGUGCUCCGGCUGCCGAGGAGAGCGCGCCGGUCGAGGCCGUCAAGGCCGAGGAGGCUGCUCCCAUCGCCACCGACGGCACGCCCGCCGGCGCCAUCGCCGAGCCCGAGGCCGCCAAGGACGACGCUGCUGCCGAGCCGGCAGCCGUCAAGAUCGACGAGGCUGCCAAGCCCGACGCCGCUGCGCCCGCCAAGGAGAAGGUCGGCCGCCGCCUGUCGAUGCGCGUCGGUGCGCUCUUCAAGUCCAAGAAGCAGCCCUCGGAGGAGUCGAAGCCCGUCGCUGCUGAGGACAAGCCCGAGGAGGCCGCCCCGGCUGCCGAGGCUGCGCCCGUCGUCGACGCCGCGCCUGCCGCCGAGGAGUCGCCCAUCGUCUCGGAGAAGGUGCCCGAGCCGAUCCAGGCUGCUCCGGCCGCUGCCACGCCCGUCACGGCCGCUGCCUAAGCGCCUGCACUGCGGCCCACCACCGUGUCUCGUGCUCGCGCAGUAAUGUCUCGCUCCCGAUAGAGAUCCUCCAGUACCCCCGUCGGGCCGUGGCGCACAGGUGACAUGCCUGCUGUGCGGCGGCUUCGAACUACCCGACCCCACCCACAGACACCCCCUCUCGCACGGCUGUCGAAGCACCAAGCUGGCGCGUCAUCCCUCUAUACCCUCGCCCAGUCGACGUAUUUUGCCGUGCGACGAGAUCGCCUCGUCUUUACCCCCGCCCCCAGCUCCUCGUACGAUCUUCUCCCCGCUCGUGGUCCUGCUCUCUCGCCCCUCCUCCCACCUGUGCAGUGUGACUAGUCGUCGCGCGUCCUGCGCUCGCGACCUGAAGCACUCGCACACCCUCCCAUCCCCAGCCCUCGUCUCGUCUAUCGAUGCUAAGAGCCACCUCGUCUCGCGACUGUCGCGCAAUUCCAUCCCUUCUAUCCC